GAAACUUAAUUAUUUUACUUUUUGUGAAAAUCAAGGAUGCUUAGUUUUUAUAUUUAAGUGUACAACAGUUGCCAGGGCUCACUAAACAACGGUUACUGUAUGUUUUACUUAAAAGUACUUUUAUUUUUCACGAAGUCGAGAUGUUUCGACUGCUGUACUUCAAGAAAAUCAUGGGCAGAAGCUUUGGAUAUCAAAUGAUUUUCAUUAAAAUGUUUCACCACGUUGUUUAAUUGUAAAACGUUAGUAUUUUGAACGAUAUUUUGCGUAAAAAGUAUCAAAUCACGUAAAACUUUUUAAGUCUAUUAAAACCCUGAUACAAAAAAUGCAAUAAAGAACGACAAACGUGCUGUGGUCCUUUAGACCAACAAGUCUAUGGAAUCACCAUUUUAAGAAAAGUUAAAGGAAAGAUUUAUUUGCACAUCGCUGUGACAAAAACCGCUGGCUCUGCUGGUCCGGGGCGUGUUUUUCUGUGGCGUGGGUGUUCCUAGCGGGAGGUAGGCGGAGACGUUCCCUGGAGCCCAGAUUAGGCUCUAAUGUUGCGUGGGAAAGAAGUUCAGAGGGUUUCGCAAAGUAACCAGUGUAGUGUUUACCAGACUGCGGCAGACAGCUUUGCUCGAACAUUUGAACCGCCUCGCAGACUUCAAGCGCUGCACUGCAACAAUGAAGAGACCCUGUGAGGACACUACUUCUGACAGCGACAUGGAUGAAACUAUUGAUGUCGGGAGUGAAAACAAUUUUUCUGGACAGAGCGGCAGCCCGCUCAUCAGAUCCAGCUCCCCAACGACAACGUCUCAAGUCAUGGCGAGGAAAAAAAGAAGAGGGAUCAUCGAGAAGAGACGGAGGGAUCGUAUCAAUAAUAGCUUGUCGGAAUUACGUCGAUUAGUUCCCACAGCAUUUGAAAAACAGGGAUCUGCCAAACUAGAAAAAGCGGAAAUAUUACAGAUGACAGUGGAUCAUCUGAAGAUGCUCCAGGCAACAGGAGGUAAAGGUUUUUUUGACGCCCACUCGCUGGCGAUGGACUUCAUGAGCAUUGGGUUUAGAGAAUGCCUGACUGAGGUGGCCAGGUACCUCAGCUCGGUGGAAGGUCUGGACACCGCCGACCCCCUCAGAGUCCGCCUCGUCUCCCACCUCAGCACCUGUGCCUCCCAGCGUGAAGCGGCCGCAAUGACGUCCUCCAUGGCCCACCACCACCACCCCCUGCACCCCCACCACUGGACGGCUGCCUUCCACCACCUCCCGGCGGCGCUCCUGCAGCAGAACGGACUUCCUUCCUCGGAAAGCGCCGGCGGCCGAUUGUCGGAAGCGCCUCCGCACGGGUCUGCGCUGCUGACGGCCACGUUCUCCCACACGGACUCGGCGCUCAGGGCGCCGCCUGCUGGCAGCGUCGCGCCCUGCGUCCCCCCCCUCUCCACCUCCCUCCUGUCGCUCUCGGCCACCGUGCACGCCGCCGCGGCCGCCGCCGCCUCGGCCGCCGCGCAGACUUUCCCGCUGUCCUUCGCCGGGGGCUUCCCGGUCCUCACGCCGGGCGCGGCGGCCGCCUCCGUCGCCGUCCCCGCAGUCAGCCCGUCGCUCUCCGCCUCCCCCGCUUCGGCCUCGCAACAGAGCAGCUCCGGGGGCAGCACCGGCAAGCCUUACCGGCCUUGGGGGACCGAAGUGGGCGCGUUUUGACCUGCUCCGCGUUUAAAGAUGCAGUACGCCUUGGUCUGAAGUUCUCAUGAAGUCUGCCGCCCCUUCAUUUUGCAGUUUUACACACGACCUGAAAGUUUAGCUGGCAUUCUUUCAAAACGUUUUUCUUUAAUGGACUCAACUUGCUGUUACUUUGUCCCCCACUAUUUGGGGUGGGGAAAGAGCUACUAGUGUGGGAAACAGAGAAAAAAACACGGAUCAUGUUUACUCGACGCUCUACAUUCUCAACAAGCAAAAAUGUGACUAAGAGUUUAUUUUAUAUCAAUUAGGCACAUUGGAUUAAAAAAACACUGAAAGCCUAAUUUCUCGGCUAGAGAAACGGGUUACGUGUUGGUCUUUCAUCUGGAAGAAUGCGUGUGACCCAUGAAAUUUCGUCCUCUGGAAUCGUCCUUCAACUCCGUGAUCUUGGGCUUUUUAGAAGGUUAAAUUGGUACACAUAUCAGAUUCAGUCGAAGUCAGAUAUAACCAUUAAAAAAAAUUAAGUUGUAGUUGGAUUCGCUUGUUUUGCUAAGGUUUAGGAAUUAGGAUAACCCCCUUUGAACGUUAUAUUACGCGUCUCACGUCCAGAUGAACAACAGUAACGUUUUUAUUUUGUGCGUUACUAAAGCACAAGUGCAGAAAUCUGUGUUAACAAAUUGAAGCACAUAUUUUGCUUUUUAUAGAAGGUAUGUGAGGUGAUGUCAAACCAAAGGUUUUUUUUAAGAUAAUCAUUUUCCACGUUCAAAUAAACUGCAAUGUUUCAAUGCGUGAAUUCAAGAAACAAACAUUUGUAAAUAUGCAAAUACAGAUUAGAACCUAGAUAUUAUAAUUAAAAAUAGAGAAUUGCUUUUAAUAUGAUGCACUUGAUUUCUCUGCUGAGUGGAGAACCCUUUGAAACCGUGCUGCAAGAAUGUACAUUAUAAAUAAAAACAAAAAAUACCGAAAAAAAAGACUUUAAAAAUAAUUGGUCAAAUGAUACUACUGUUACUUUUUUGUUUUGCUUUGUUACUUAGUGUUACCUGUAAGUUGUAACCUUUUUUAUUGCUAUGCAAAACGCCUACCGAUAACACUGAUUAAAAUAUUUUUGAAC